AACCAAACCAGAGGAUUCCAAGGCAGGCCAGUGUGGCAAAUGCAGCUCCUUGCUGCUUACCCUAGCCUAGGCCAAUGGAAAAUGGAGGAGCAAAGCAGCAACAUCUAAGAGGGGACAAAAAAGAGGAAAUUCAAGAUGGGGAACAUGAUGAAAUUGUUGACUUCCAGUUCCGAGACUCCACAAAAUGACAAUGCAGAGAUCAGAAUGCCAAUAGAUGAGGAAAUGCUAUCCAUUCCAAUCAGCAACAAUGUUUAUGCAAUUCUUAAGAGGAGAGAGAAUUACCUGUGUAGUCUGCUCGAAAAGAAGUUUGGCUGCAUAACUGUCCUCAAGAGCAUCAGGAAUCCCACCGAAGUGUAUAGGAAAAGCCUGAAGGAAGGAAUUGAAGUUUCUGUCUGGGUAGAUGAUCUUACAAGGCAUGAGGCUGAUGCUUUGGUGAAUGCAGCCAACGAAUACCUGCAUCACUUUGGAGGCCUUGCAUUUGCCCUCCUGAAAGCUGGAGGGCCAGAAAUUGAAGAGCACUGCAAGCAUUUCAUUGAAAAGAAUGGACCGCUCAGCGCUGGCCAGAUUGCAGUCACUAGUGGAGGAAGACUCCAUUGUAAGCAAGUCAUCCAUGCAGUGGGUCCAAGAUGGUCGGAGGAGCAGAGGGAGGAAUGUUGCCUCAAGCUUGAAGCAGCCAUCAUCAAUAUUCUGAAAUAUGUCAAUGCUCCAGAAAACAAUAUCAAGUCCGUGGCCAUUCCUGCCCUCAGCUCUGGAAUCUUCAACUUCCCGCAGGAUUUAUGUGUUCAAGUCAUCGUACGGACUAUAAAGAAUUUUAUUCAGUUAGCUCCGUUAUUUGGUUACUUGCAAGAAAUCCACCUCGUGAACAUUGAUGAGACCACAGCUGAAGUCAUGAAAAGGGCGUGCGAAGAGUUGCUAGGCACCAACGAUGUUGUGCCUCUGGCGGGAGCAGCAGACUCCAUCACAGUCAAUGAUCUCUGUCUCCAGAUUAAAAAAGGGAACAUAGAAGCACAGCAAGCUGCCAUUAUUAUUAGCUCUGUGACUGUGCAAGAUGAUCUCUCUCAAGGAACCAUCUCAAGAGCAAUCCUCGAAAAGGCAGGUCCAGCUAUGCAGGAGCAAUUUCUCUCUGAGUUACAGAGACUUCCAGCAGAUAACCUGAAACUCAUAUUCACAAAAGGGUGCAAUAUUGACUGUGAGUUUGUGCUCCAUGUGGUAUGGCCAUCUUGCAGUGAAUGCAACGCACAGGAGGCACUAAAAGCUGCAGUUUCUAAAAGUCUUCUCAAGGCUCAAGAGCAGCAGUCCUCAUCCGUUUGUUUUCCUCUCCUUGGGAUUGAAGAUUUACACAUGCCAAAGGAUGAAGUGGUAGAGAUUAUGGUGGAGGAAAUAAUACACUUUGCGGAGGAAUAUCCUGGGAAGAAGCCUGAGGUAUUCAUUGUGGUUCCUCCAGAUGACAGUGAUGUUUAUGAGGCUUUCUUCACCAAGCUUAUGUCAGUCAAAAACAAACUGGAAGAAAAGAUGGACUGCAGCAAUAUGGAUGGCAUGGAGGUACAGACUGACAUACAAGCCGAUGGAGGUUGUGAAAAAAACGGACCAUUUGUGGAACUUAUUGGACGCAGCCAGGAAACGCUGGAGGCAGCAGAACUGUGGCUCCGAAACAUCAUACAAGUUGAGGAAAGUCACCGGAUCGUUAUACAAAAUUAUAACCUUCUCAACCUUGGUAGUGGUCAGCCAGUUGAGCUGUCUCAUCUGCAGCAGCACUUUGGCAUAACCAUAGUAGAGAGUUUGACCGGGGAGGGUGCAGCCCUCGAGAUCGAAGGUUCCCCCCGAGCCGUGAUUGAUGCAACAUUCGCUAUCGAAUUCAUGCUGCAGACUACAGCCAAGCAAGAAAUGAAGGCAGACGGACCUUUGAGAAACUCUCCUCAUCAAGAAGGCUACACAGAAAUGGCGAGUAAAUACUGUUACCAAGUCACUCCAAUAGAGUCAUAUCUUCAAGAAUUCAAGGACAAAGAAAAACAACUUGAAAAAGCUGGCCUCCGGGUUCUGAAGAUAGAGAAAAUAUGCAAUCCUCUUUUAGAAUCUACCUUCCAAAGGAUUAAAAUAAAAAUUGAAGGAAAAAAUGCUGGAAUGCCAGUAUGCCAUAGGCUAUACCAUCGUGUCCCAGCUCAGUACUGUAGUCUGGUGUGCAAAACGGGAUUUCAGAAAACCUACCCCUCCUCCUUACAAGACCAGAAAUAUGGAGCUGGCAUCUACUUUAACAAGAACCCCAGGAACCUUGUAACAGAUACCAGGGAAAAAUGUGAAAUGGACCACUUGAUCUGUGUGUUUGAGGCUGAAGUUGUAACAGGCUCGUAUACAAGGGGCAAUCGAAGCUAUGUUGCACCACCAUUAAUUAGUGCAAGUAGCAUGAAACUCUAUGACAGUGUUGUUGACGAUAUUCACAACCCUGAAAUCUUCGUCAUUUUCAAUAGGGAGCAAGCUCUCCCGCUGUAUUUGUUGACUUGUUCCCUGCUUUGGAAUCCAGUGCAGAAGACCCAGUUGGAACCAUCAGCUCAGAAUCUAUGAGGCCUUAAAGUUCAACACAUGAUAGGUACUAGGUUCUAUGAGUUAGGUUUAAAUAAUUUAUGUAUAUGGCAGUUCUCCGAUGCAGUGAAAAAUCUUGCCUUGUUACAAUCUUGAAGUAACGUUAUUGCUUAAUAAGCAAUCUCAGCAUGGGAAGCUUUAAUUUGAUUAAAAAGAGAACUGCUGCAUUCACAACACAAGUUCUUAUAUUAAAAUGCCAACUUCAAACCA